AUGUACUCGGCGAGAUAUUCUCGCCGGGUCGAACUCCAACAGGUGGGACUUGCUGCGGAUGCUCUGCAGCAGGCCCUUGCCAGGUCGGAGCGCCAAGCCUGGCGACAACUGCUCCUUGGUUGGGAGCAGCUCCUGAGCGAGCCAAACGUGGACGCUCAAGAAGUUGUCCGGGUCGUCCGAUUCCACUUACGAGUGUGGUUNGACAACGGGGUCGGACGCCUUACCUACCGCGUGACGCAGGUGCUUACCGGGCAUGGAUGCUUCGGUGAGUACCUGUGUCGCAUCGGACNCGAGUNAACGUUGCAAUGUCACGCGUGCGGGGCGGCCAGUGACUCGGUGGAGCACAUUGUGGAANAGUGUCCACGGUGGGCUCCGGAGCGCCGAGANCUAGUCGUUAAAAUAGGAGAUGACCNCUCCCUGNAGGGCCUGUUACGGGCAUUGGCCUCCAGGGAGAGAGACGAGUGGGAANCGGUUGUCACCUUCUGCUCCGCGGUGAUGGAGCAGAAGGAGGCAGCCGAACGAGAGAGGGAGAGACUACCACUUCCUCUGGAAAGACCCCAAAGACGUACGCGAGCGGUUGGCGGGGCCCCCGCUUCCCGCGUACGUCCUAGGGGUCGUGGCGCGCCCCCCACCUGA